UCCUGCCAUUUCAGAUGAAGGUGUCUCUUUGUUGAAGCCAUCCCACUGCAAAAAAGAAAGCAAAAAAAAAGCUGCCAGCUGAUGAUUGUGCCAGGGCAGCACCACUGCAGGACACCCGCAGGCCCAGGUUCCACUUAACAUGGCUUUGCUUUACUAGGCCUGCCAUGACGGCAUUUUUUCCCAAUGUCCCUAACUGGAUUCAAGAUGCAAAGCAGGAGGAGGAGGAGGAGACAGGCUGGAAAUUAGUCCCUCGGCAAAGAGGUCAAGAGGCCGAAAGUCAGGGGAAAUGCCAGUGUGAACUUUCCGAGAGCUCCUUCCCCAGCGUGGACAAGCUGAAAACUCACACAGAGCAGAGACCCUACAAUUGCCCUCAGCUGCACUGUGGAAAGGCCUUUGCAUCCAAGUACAAACUCUACAGGCACAUGGCCACGCACUCUGCCCAGAAGCCCCACCAGUGCAUGUAUUGUGAGAAAAUGUUCCAUCGGAAGGACCACCUCCGCAAUCACCUGCAGACACACGACCCCAACAAGGAAGCCCUCCACUGCCCAGAGUGCGGGAAGAACUACAACACCAAGCUUGGCUUCAGGCGACACCUGGCCAUGCACGCAGCUGCCAGCGGCGAUCUCAGCUGCAAAGUGUGCCUACAGACCUUUGAGAGCACUCAGGUCCUGCUGGAGCACCUCAAGGCUCAUUCCCGGAGGGCAUCUGGUGGAGCAAAGGAGAAGAAGCACCCCUGUGACCACUGUGACAGGCGCUUCUACACCCGCAAAGAUGUGCGAAGACACCUUGUGGUGCACACGGGCCGGAAGGACUUCUUGUGCCAGUACUGUGCCCAGAGGUUUGGGCGGAAAGACCACCUGACCAGGCACAUGAAGAAGAGCCACUCCCAAGAACUGCUGAAGAUCAAGACGGAGCCAGUGGACAUGCUGGGUCUCCUGAGCUGCAGCUCAGCUGUGGCAAUAAAAGAAGAGCUGAGUCCGGUUUUAUGUAUGGCAUCCAGAGACAUGAUGAGUGGCAAGAGCUUCCCUAGCAUGCUACCCAUGGGCAUGUACAGUACACACCUCCAAGCCAUGCCAAGCUCAGGGAUGCCCCAUUCUUUGGUUCCCAGCUCUCUUCCAAUGGGGAUGAGCUAUCCUCUUGAAUCUUCUUCACCUAUCUCCUCCCCACCACAACCUCCUCCAAAAUAUCAGCUCGGAUCUACCUCAUACUUGCCUGAGAAACUACCCAAAGCAGAGGUGGACACCUUUCUGUCAGAGCUCCCUGGCAGUCUGUCGGUCUCAUCUGGAGAGCCUCAGUCCUCCUCACCUCAGCCAGCCACUCUGGAUGAAGCUCUGCUUUCCAAGAGCCCAGCUAACCUUUCAGAGGCUCUCUGUGCUGCUAACAUGGACUUUUCUCAUCUUCUGGGCUUCCUCCCCCUAAAUCUUCCUCCUUGCAACCCACCUGCAUCAUCAGGGGGGCUGGUCAUGGGCUACUCACAGGGGGAGACCCAGCCACUGCUUACCACUUUGCAACAUCAACCUCAAGAAUCUUCAGGAGCUGGGGGCCCCCUGAACUUUGGCCCCCUUCAUUCGUUACCCCCUGUUUUCACCUCCAGCCUGAGCACAACCACCCUGCCGCGUUUUCACCAGGCGUUCCAGUAAGAUGAGAGGAGCACUGAUGAACAGGU